GGGAGAAGGAAGCCAGGCCCGACCCAGGACCCCAACCAACCCAACGGCUGCCAUGAGGCUCCUGAGCGUGGCUUUUUGGCUGGUCCUGGCCCUGCGCACUGUUCUCGGUGCAGUGGAGCUGCGGUGGUGCACCACCUCAGACCCGGAGCAGCAGAAAUGCAAGGACAUGAGCAAGGCCUUCCAGGAAGCUGGCAUCCAGCCUUCUCUCCUCUGCGUCCAGGGCACCUCAGCUGACCACUGCGUCCAGCUCAUCAAGGACCAAGAAGCUGACGCCAUCACCCUGGAUGGAGGGGCCAUUUAUGAGGCGGGGAAGGAGCAUGGCUUGAAGCCAGUGGUGGGUGAACUAUAUGACCAAGACAUUGGGACCUCCUAUUAUGCCGUGGCCGUGGUCAGAAGGAAUUCCAACGUAACCAUCGACACCCUGAAGGGUGUCAGGUCCUGCCACACAGGCAUCAACCGGACUGCAGGCUGGAACGUGCCUGUCGGCUACCUGGUGGAGAGCGGCCACCUCUCGGUGAUGGGCUGCGAUGUGCUCAAAGCUGUGGGCGAUUAUUUUGGAGGCAGCUGCGUCCCUGGAACAGGAGAGACCAGCUACUCCGAGUCGCUCUGUCGCCUCUGCCGUGGUGACUCAUCUGGGCACAACGUGUGCGACAAGAGCCCGCUAGAGAGAUACUAUGACUACAGCGGAGCCUUCCGGUGCCUGGCGGAAGGAGCAGGUGACGUGGCCUUUGUGAAACACAGCACAGUUCUGGAGAACACUGACGGGAAAACCCUGCCCUCCUGGGGCAAGGAGCUGAUGUCUCAGGACUUCCAGCUACUGUGCAGGGAUGGCAGCCGGGCCGAGGUCACCGAGUGGAGACGGUGCCACCUGGCCCAGGUGCCUGCUCAUGCCGUGAUGGUCAGGGAUGACAUGGAUGGGGGCCUUGUAUUCCGGCUGCUUAAUGAAGGCCAGCUUCUGUUCAACCACGAGGACAGCAGCUUCCAGAUGUUCAGCUCCCAGGCCUACGGCCAGAAGAACUUGCUGUUCAAAGACUCCACCUUGGAGCUUGUGCCCAUCGCCACGCAGAACUACGAGGCCUGGCUGGGCCGGGAAUACCUGCAUGCCAUGAAGGGUCUGCUGUGUGACCCCAACCGGCUUCCCCACUACCUGCGCUGGUGCGUGCUGUCGACACCCGAGAUCCAGAAGUGUGGAGACAUGGCUGUGGCCUUCAGCCGGCAGAGACUCAAGCCGGAGAUCCAGUGUGUGUCGGCCGAGUCCCCUGAGCACUGCAUGGAGCUAAUCCAGGCUGGGCACGUCGACGCUGUGACCCUGAGAGGCGAGGACGUUUACACGGCAGGGAAGGUGUACGGCCUGGUCCCGGCGGCUGGGGAGCUGUAUGCCGAGGACGACAGGAGCAACUCCUACUUUGUGGUGGCUGUGGUGAGACGGGACAGCUCUCACUCCUUCACCUGGGACGAGCUGCGAGGCAAGCGUUCCUGCCACCCAGGCCUGGGCAGCCCCGCAGGCUGGGAUGUGCCCAUAGGCUCCCUCAUCCAGCGGGGCUUCAUCCGGCCCAAGGACUGUGACAUCCUCACAGCGGUGAGCCAGUUCUUCAAUGCCAGCUGUGUGCCUGUGAACAACCCUCAGAACUACCCUCCCUCGCUGUGCGCGCUCUGCGUGGGAGACGAGAAGGGCCGCCACAAGUGUGUGGGAAGCAGCCAGGAGAGGUACUACAGCUACAGCGGAGCCUUCAGGUGCCUUGUGGAGAAUGCAGGGGAUGUUGCCUUCGUCAAGCACACGACUGUCUUUGAGAACACAAACGGCCACAAUCCUGAGCCCUGGGCUGCUCACCUCAGGUUGCAAGACUAUGAACUGCUGUGCCCCAAUGGGGCCAGGGCUGAAAUAGGCCAGUUCCAAGCCUGCAGCCUGGCACAGAUGCCAUCCCACGCUGUCAUGGUUCACCCAGAUACCAACAUCUUCACUGUCUAUGGACUUCUGGACAAGGCCCAGAAGCUGUUUGGAGAUGACCACAACAAGAAUGGGUUCCAAAUGUUUGACUCCUCCAAAUACCACAGCCAAGAUCUGAUUUUCAAAGAUGCUACCGUUCAAGCAGUACCGGUUAGGGAGAAAACCACAUACCUGGACUGGCUGGGCCCUGACUACGUGACGGCUCUGGAGGGAAUGCUGUCUCAACAGUGCUCAGGAGCAGUGGCCGCGGUGCACCGGGUCCCCCUGCUGGUCCUCCUCCUGCUGGCCCUGGCUGCAGGCCUCCUCCCGCGUGUUCACUGAACGUGGCUGCCCAGGAGGCGCCCCGUGCGUGCAGCGAGAGCUAUCGAGUCCGACCGGAGAAACCUAGAAACCGGCUAACCCUGCCGGAAGGCACGGGACGCCAGCGGCAAGGUGAGAGAACUCACACACGCGGCCCUCGGAUAUGCCAUUCUAACCCAAGGAGAACUUUCUGGAAUCAGGAUGAUAACGUUAAGGCCAAGUCUUCCCAACCCUCAGUACCUAAGGCGACUGGCGAGCAGCCCAGUCACGCCUCCCACGCUACCGGAGCCUGCAGGGAACCUGUACCUCCCACCUGGAACCUCCUGGGCUGGUUGGGGAAGGGAAGGAAAAAAAAAAAAAAAAAAAAGGCCGGUUGCCAUGGCAACCGUGGAGGUCCUUCCCCCACCAGCCUCCGCGCCUAGGGAGAUGCCGAGGCCAGAGCCCACCGCCAACCCAUUGGACCUCAGCCCACCCCGCAGCCCCACUCCUCGGCUCUGAGGACACUUGUCCACCAAGGCUCAGGCCCACGCCCUCUGAGGAGCAGGGUUGCCGAGCCUCCUCAGCCUUUGUCCUUGUUGUCUGUGACAUCAAACAGCCCAACCCCUCUGGACAGCAGAUUCUGCCAGACAGCAGAUUCUGUCCUGCUGAACAGCUCCUUUUGCAGGACUUGCCCAACCCUGCUGCCUAGAAUCCCCUGUCCUGUCCUCUUGGCUAGGUCUCAACAUCAUUUUCCUCCCUGCCUCCCUGUGCCCCUUCCCCACUAUACCCUCCACACACACGCACACACACACACACACACGCACCUUGUCUGUGUGUGAGCAGUCUACUUAUCUAAAGAAGCAUGAGCCGGGCCUGAGGACAUGCUACGAGCCAGCGGAUUGGGAAAGAGCCCUGUCUUCUCCCCUUACCCCUGCACCUGUGGCGUAUUGUGGAAGGGCGCCUGCGUCCUGCACGCAUGUGAGAGUUGACAGAGCGCCUGGGGAAGAGUGUCCACUCCAUCUUGCUGUGUACUCUCCAGAGCCAGAAAAAAAGUUUUCCCAAACUACAAGCUUUCACUCCGAACUUUGUUCCUUUAAAAAUAAUCAAUUAAAAAAGAAAGGGAAGAAACAGGAGCAAGCACCCCUUGUCAGCACACUGGAAGCAGCGUGGGCCCGGAGCUAUUUGUGUCUUGGUCUGUGUGGGGGCCCUCAGGAUGCUGCUGACAGACCAGGUUCCCGGUGACUCUCCCCCACCCGUGGGCGACAGGACAGAUCUGUACAUCUCUCAGCAGCAGGGAAGGCCCUGGCAGCCUCCCAGGCGGAACCACACAAUCAUGAGGAAUCUCUGUUGGUCACCAUGUCUCUUUGGAGACCAAGCCCCUCAAGCUCCCGGGGCAGAGCCGUCCGCCCAUUCCUCUGCGACCGGGGGACUGAUGUUUUUCUUAAAGAAGACUUUUCCAGUGAGAAGUGUACUAUUCUCUGUGGGCGGUCAUGCUGCCCGGAGUGUGAUGUCUUAGGCCGUGUGCCUUUCAGGUGUGACUUUCCAAGAGCGUUGUGUAAAUGACGUCUGAUUGCCAGGGGCCACUGCUGUGUCAGUGCUAAAGAAAGACACUGGCUUCUUUUUAAAUAAAGCCAAACACCCCCUGCGUGUGCAGAGGCGUGGAUUGUGUUGGAGACUGUC